AAUUCAAGUGAUAAAAAUGGAAUUCGUUCCGAUAAAAACUGAAUUUGUCCCUAUAAAAUCUGAAUUAGAACCCAUCAAAACUGAAAUAGACAAAACUUUUGAAUGUCAAGCAUGUGCUGGAGAAGCUUCAAAUGGAGAAAAUUCCGUAACACUAAUUAAUUUGUUCAAAAACUUGACUGGAAUUCAGCCCCUUUGUGAUGACUCAGAGAUAAUUUUUUGCAAAAAUUGCCAAUCCACACUCGAAGCAUUUCAGUUAUUCAAGAAUUUGUGCGAACAAACGCAUGAAAUCUUCAGUAAUCGACUUUUAAAUGAAGAAAAACCUUCAGAAGAGCUCGUCGUUCAUGUUCAAGUCGAAAAGAAAAGGCACUCGAAGGAUGUUGGAUUCUACAUUUGUGAUCUUUGUCAGAAAAAUCUAAGUUCAAAACGAGCUCUAAAGGCACAUUUUGAGAAUUAUCACCCGAGUGACGAUGGAAUUGCUUAUAAAUGCCCGGAUUGCGACUCAAUUUUAUCGUCUUUGAAGAAUUUGAAGAGACAUCGAACAAGACACAAUGCAGGAAGGCCCUUUGAAUGCUCGGAAUGCGACAUGAAAUUCGGAAAUAAGCAGAAUUUGUAUUAUCACGUGCGAUAUGUGCAUAAAACUGGGAAGAAAUACGUUUGUGCGGAGUGUGGAUAUGUUUGCUAUAAUCCAACGGCGAUGAAUCAACACAACGAACGACAUCACAGCACCGAGAAAUUCCGUUGUGACAAAUGCCCGAAGGAAUGCAAGACUCGUGGCGACUUGCGGGAACACAAACUCGUGCACGAAAACCUCCCAAAGACAGUUCCUUGUCCCGAAUGCGGCGCCAUGUUCAAACAUAUAAAGCAAAUGCGGACUCACGUAAGAGCUGUUCAUGCGGCGAAGAAGAAAUUCGUUUGCGAAACUUGUUCCAAAGGUUUUGUCUCGAGAAAUGCGCUUGAACGACAUUUUGUUACACACACGGGCGAACGAAAAUUCCCAUGCUCCUUUUGUGGACAAGCAUUUACGCAGCAACAGGCACUUAAGAGACACUUGACAACUCACACUGGAAUUCGUCCUCAUGCAUGCCCGCACUGCAAUCACACGUUCGCGGAAAAGUUUUACAUGAAAAAACACGCCGCCAAUUGCUCGAAGAAGGAAAAAACUUGA